AUGAAGAACGGCUGCGAUCAAGACCCCACGCACCCAGCCCUUUCAAUGAACGAAACGCCGGCCAUAUUGUCUCGUUUCUUAGAACUCCCUACAGAAAUUCGUCGCGAAAUCUAUAGAUUAGCCAUUGAACCAGCGCAAGUUGCUUUCUUCAAUGCGGAUGUAGUAGCCCGGCCGCCGCCGGCGAAGGUGAGGGUGUGGAAUGCGCUGGCACAAGUUUGUCGAGAAUCAAGAACCGAAUACCUCCAAGUUCGCUGCUUAAGAUGGAUUUCCUACUCAGCAGAGAUGACAAUGUUAUCAUGGGGGUUUUGGUAUAAAAGGUUUGAAACCGCUGCGGACCCUGUGAACGACUUACUGGUGGUCUCGGCCAACAAACUUCCUCGUCUCGACAUCCCAGAGAACUAUGCCAAAGCUGCACCGGAGAAGGAACCCGGUGACAACUCUGCGGGCAGGUUUCCGCGUUGUCUAAGCGAGGUCCCUAUCCAACGGCUACUAAAUAAGCAUGCUCUAUUCGGAUAUACCUGGGACAGAGAGAGAUACGAGGGAUUCUCUGAGUUUCCUGCCUUGCCCAGAGUUGACAACAUGCUCGACCUCAGGAGGUUUCCAAAUCUCAGGGAGUACUAUUCGACGUAUAGAAUAUGUGGAAGCGAUUGGCGGCUUACCGGCUACCAGGUCCAGGGACCGCAUGUUACCAGCAAUCUCCUACCGUCAGAAAACCGAUGGUCCAUGGAAACUAGAGAUGAGACCCUUGGCGAAAGUAUGAAACACUUUAACGGCAAAAGUAUCGUCGGCGACAAUGGCAUUUUGUGGAAGGGUCGAGGGGAACUGGAUUGGCCACAGGACUCCCUAUUCUUUGAUUGUGCCUUCAAAAAGGGGGACGCAACAGUUGAAGAUCUACCACACGAAGAUCUAACACCUGAAAUGGGGCCACUUGAAGAUCUAGCACCUGAAGAGCUAGCAUUUGAACAUUUCAAGAACCAGAAGAGAAAAAAGUUAAACGAAAUCAACACAUUGUAUACUCCGUUUAUCGGGUUUCGAGGCUAUUCUGAGACGCCGACGUCUCUAGGAGGCCACUGGGCAGGGUUCCGCUACUUUACAGAAAAUCGGAGAGUCGAAUUCUCCCCAAUGUCCUGGGAUGAAGUCAAUCGAUACGGACUAGGGUUCCCCGAAGGAGGACCAUUACCGAUAGCUUUCCCAGAAAUGGUUGUCAAGAUAUACGUUAUUCGACCGGGUGAUACUCCACCACAGCUAACACACCACUUCUGGCAGAAUGUCCCCGCGGAGGAGGAUUGGUCGGAAGAAGAUGGGGAGGAAAUGAAGAAGAUAAGGAGGAUCUGGGAUAUCGUGUCGUUCGAGUUCAAUGGUCUGGGCCACUUUGACUGGUUCGGAUACUGGGAAGACCCAGGAAAUGAAAAAUACAAACAACCAUUGGACUUAAAAAAGCCAAUCGAGAGUGAUGUUUGGCGUGCAGCGGACAACGGGAGGACCACUAUUGACAACUUGAAGCUUUAUACAGGCGCAGAAAUUGCAGAGGAGAUCUCCGCUGGGCCGAGAUGA